GGCAAUGCUAUGGCGGACGAUUCAGCAAUGGCGAUCUAUCACGAGCGCCAGCGCCUCCAGCUCUGCCUUCUCCACGCGCUCAACAAUCUUCUCCAGGGCCACGAUCGAUUCACUCGGCAGAUCCUCGACGCCAUAGCCGAUUCUCUGGAGGAGCAGCACGCCACACCCUGGAGCACGCGAAAUCUCUUCUUCUUGCCGGCCAAGCAGCACAGAAAUCCCUUGACAGGGAACUACGAUGCCAAUGUCCUCAUCGCCGCCUUGUCGAGCCGGGGACUGGAGGCGCGCUGGCACGAUCGACGCAGCGCCAUCGCCGACGACGAUCUAUCCCGCCCCAAUCUCGCGGGCCUCAUCGCCAACACCAGCAGCCAGAGGUUCUUGGGACUGUGGAGGAGCCGCCACUGGAUCGCUCUGCGCCGCGUCCACGGAUCUUGGUACAACCUCGACAGCGAUUUGCCGAUGCCAGUGGCAAUGCGCGGCGCCGGCGAGGUCAGAGAUUUCCUAAACUCCCUACGCGAUCAAGGAGCCGAGCUCUUCUUCGUUUUUAGAAAGGAAGAACAAGGGGAUGAAUAGGAGAUUCUAGGCUGUUGCCCAGAUCCAAACCGACGCGGCCGAUUCGAUCGAUCA